UUCGUUAAGGCUUCUUUGGGCAACAGUAUCAGGUAGUCAGUCAAUCUUUACCUACACUGGUUGGGAACAAGUAAGACCAAACAACAAAUUCCAGAAAGACAAAACCGUAAGGUAAUAAUGGAAGCUGCAGGAAGUCAUGAGCCCUACACGUGGCAAUCCCUGUAUGGAGCACACCUCUCUAUUUCCACCUGUCAUCCCCAUUCAAAAAUUUGUGUAACCUUCUUUUGAUUAAACCUCUCUUCUGAUUCGGCACUAACAGUCCGAUUACUGAGGCUAUUUCUGAGCAAAAUGGUGAGUGAUGUCGUAGAGAGAGAUGUAGAUGUAGAUGCGGAGCUGUAGUCUUUGUAUCGACAGCUCCUUAAGGAUUCCUCUUGUAUAUAUUUGUUUACGGUAGAGCUUCUUUUCUCUUCUUUUGUCUCUCUCUUCAUCCACAUUUGGUAUAGUAUUUCUUUAUGUUCGUUGUUGUCCCAUGUUUUGUGAAUAGGUACUGUCCUAAGGAAGUGUUAUCGUUAUCCUUGUAGCAAUGGCAAUGCCUCAAGACACUUCUAGCAUAAUACAACAGUAAUUCACGAAGUACAAUGAGAUGGUAGCCCAGGCAGGGAUUAAAAGAGAACACUAAUCAUCUGUAAUAUGAAAAGGAACUACGCAGUACAAUCCUCCUCUAUACGGACGCAUCAUAAUGAUAUAAACAUAACGAGAACAUAAGAAGAGCAUAAAGUAAGCUGCACGAAGCCAUCAUGCUUUCAUACAUGUGGCAGUCCCUGUAUGAAACAUCUGUACCCUCCACUUAUGGUAUUCCAUAAAUUUGUACGAUCUUUUAAAGCUCCUACUGACUGGGCACUAACAAUGUGGUUACCAAGUUUAUCUCAGUUACCUACUACUCUAUUUGUGAGCAAUUUUCUUCCCAUCUCUUCUUCAAAUCUAACUUUACCAAACUUGAACUUGUUACUCCUUUUCCUUUCCAGAUUAUUCUUUCACUUUAUCUUUUUUUUCAGUUUUCUUUUCCUGCAUUUUUUGUGGGUAUUUCUUCACCCUCGCGUCCACUUUGUUUCGUGCUCUUUGUAUUAAUACAUUCAUUUUUUCAUAUUUACUCUCUCUCACUCUCUCUCUCUCUCUCUCUCUCUCUCUCUCUCUCUCUCUCUCUCUCUCUCUCUCUCUCUCUCUCCUGUAAGAUACAGUCGCGACACAAACCUAGUCCCGCGCGUCAUCUUCCCGCUAGGUAAUCACGAGCCCAGUCCAGCCAGGCUGCGGUUCCUGGUACAGAAGAUGCAUGGAUACGGCCCGAUGCCGGAUCCUAGGGAGUGGCUGCUGCCUCACAGCAACUGCCCCCCGUGCCCCAAUGAAGAGGCCGUGUCCCCGCCGCCCAAGCACCGCGAGCCCGCCGACGUCGCAGAGGAGGCUCAGGGUGACGACGCCCACCAGGAAACCGAGACAUGCAGCGUCACGCAGGACACAAACGAAGCCGCACAGCAUACAAAGAAUAACCACUUUAAAGAGGAUUUCGAAGUAAACAAUGUCAUAAAGGGAAGUGACGAUCAACCGCGUAGCCGAGGACAGUGAACAGAAAGAGGAAAACCCACAACUGUUACCGCAGCUGAGUCCACUGGAGGUUGGCGCCUGCCUCGUGCGGCUGUGGGUCGAGGUGUUCGCUGAAUAUGAACAACAGCAGAGGGAGGAGGAGAGAGGCGAAGACCCGCAAUAUUCAGCGCAAGUGACGCCAUUGGGAGUUACCUGAGAUUACGUGCGGCUGUGGAAUGAAAUUUUCGGGAAGAGUACAAAUUAUACGAGUCCACAGGAAGUUGGCACGCGCCACGUGCAGACUGACGAGUUCGGCGACGGUCAAGAUUAUCAACAUCAGGAAAUGGAGGAGGAGGAGGAGGAGGAGGAGGAGGAGGAGGAUAUACACGAGGCAACGCAGACCAGCGCCGAGCAAGCUGGCAUCUAUUAUACGAGUAUGCGACUGUGGGCUGAUGUGUUCGGGAUAAACGAAGCAACAGCAGACAAAGACAAUCACAUCACCGUAGAGGAGAGCGAGGAGAACAGUGCCGCACGGGACAACAACGAGGGGAACUGCGCCGCACGGGACAGCAGCGAAGAAAACAGCGCUGCACGGGACAGCAACGAGGAGAACAGCGCUGAACGGGACAACAGCGAGGACAGCAGCGCCGCACGGGACAGCAACGAGGAGAACAGCGCUGCACGGGAAAGCAGCGAGGAGAACAGCGCUGCACGGAACAACAGCGAGGAGAACAGCGCUGCGCGGGACAGCAGCGAGGAGAACAGAGCUGCACGAGAUAGCAACGAGGAGAACAGAGCUGCACGGGACAGCAGCGAGGAGAACAGCGCUGCACGGGACAACAGCGAGGAGAACAGAGCUGCACGGGACAGCAGCGAGGAGAACAGCGCUGCACGGAACAACAGCGAGGAGAACAGCGCUGCGCGGGACAGCAGCGAGGAGAACAGCGCUGCACGGAACAACAGCGAGGAGAACAGCGGUGCACGGGACAGCAGCGAGGAGAACAGAGCUGCACGAGAUAGCAGCGAGAACAGAGCUGCACGGGACAGCAGCGAGGAGAACAGCGCUGCACGGGACAACAGCGAGAACAGAGCUGCACGGGACAACAGCGAGGAGAACAGCGCUGCACGGAACAACAGCGAGGAGAACAGCGCUGCACGGGACAGCAGCGAUGAGAACAGAGCUGCACGAGAUAGCAGCGAGGAGAACAGAGCUGCACGGGACAGCAGCAAGGAGAACAGCGCUGCACGGGACAACAGCGAGGAGAACAGAGCUUCACGGGACAGCAGCGAGGAGAACAGCGCUGCACGGGACAACAGCGAGGAGAACAGAGCUUCACGGGACAGCAGCAAGGAGAACAGCGCUGCACGGGACAACAGCGAGGAGAACAGAGCUUCACGGGACAGCAGCGAGGAGAACAGCGCUGCACGGGACAACAGCGAGGAGAAAAAAGCUGCACGGGACAGCAGCAAGGAGAAUAGCGCUGCACGGGACAGCAGCAAGUAGAAUAGCGCUGCACGGGACAGCAGAAAGGAGAACAGAGCUGCACGGGACAGCAGCGAGAACAGCGCUGAAGAACAAGUUAGCAGCCUCGUGCGGCUGUGGGUCGAAGUGUUCGGGAAGUAUGCGCAACAGCAGAG